GGCUGGAGAAGAAGGAUGAAGAGGUGGAAGCGGACGACGAGGACGAUGAGGAUGACGACGGCAGCAGCGACACCAGCGUGCUGGUCGUGCCCUAUCCAGAGCUGGUGCCGGUGGUCUUCUUCUGCCUCAAGCAGACAACGUGUCCACGGAGCUGGUGCAUCCGCAUGGUCUCCAGCCCGUGGUUCGAACGGGUGAGCAUGAUGGUCAUCCUGCUGAACUGUGUGACUCUGGGAAUGUACCAGCCCUGUGAGAACAUCGACUGCUCCUCAGAACGCUGCCAAAUACUACAGGCCUUCGACGCAUUCAUCUACAUCUUCUUUGCCCUGGAGAUGGUUGUGAAGAUGGUCGCUCUGGGGAUCUUCGGCCGGCGCUGUUACCUCGGGGACACGUGGAACCGACUGGAUUUCUUCAUUGUCAUGGCAGGGAUGGUGGAAUACUCACUGGACCUGCAAAACGUCAACUUCACCGCCAUCAGGACCGUGAGGGUGCUGCGGCCGCUCAAAGCAAUUAACAGAGUACCAAGCAUGCGUAUCCUGGUCAACCUGCUGCUGGACACACUGCCCAUGCUGGGGAACGUCCUCCUCCUCUGCUUCUUCGUCUUCUUCAUCUUCGGCAUCAUCGGGGUGCAGCUGUGGGCGGGGCUUCUGAGGAACCGCUGCUACGCCAUGGAGAACUUCACGCUAAACACGGGCAUCACUCUCCCUCGGCCGUACUACAUGGCCGACGAGGACGACGAGAGGCCCUUCAUCUGCUCCCUGCCCGUCGACAACGGCAUCAUGUCGUGCGCCGACGUCCCGGCCCGCCGCGAGGGAGGCAAGACCUGCUGCCUGGACAAGGACGACGUGCUGUACCGCCAGUCGCUGGGCCUGAGCCCCGAGCCCCUGGUCAACGGCAGCGUCAGCGUCGCGGGGCUUUGCGUCAACUGGAACAAGUACUACACCCGGUGCCACACCGGCCACAGCAACCCCCACAAAGGCGCCAUCAACUUCGACAACAUCGCCUACGCCUGGAUCGUCAUCUUCCAGGUGAUCACUCUGGAGGGCUGGGUGGAGAUCAUGUACUACGUGAUGGAUGCUCAUUCCUUCUACAACUUCAUCUACUUCAUACUGCUUAUCAUUGUUGGUUCCUUCUUCAUGAUCAACCUGUGCCUCGUGGUCAUUGCCACCCAGUUCUCAGAAACCAAGCAGAGGGAGCAUCAGCUGAUGCAGGAGCAGCGAGCUCAGUGUUCGUCCUCGUCCACCCUGGCCAGUGAACCGGGGGACUGCUACGAAGAGCUUUUCCAGCUGGUCUGCCACGUCCUCCGCAAGGCCAGGAGACAAACCGUCAACCUCUUCAACACCUUGCGAGGGAAGCCGCGAGGCUUCAGUGGCGUUGGGAGAGGCAGAGGAGGACGGGACGGGAGGGACAGGACGGCAAAUGGACGAGGAGGACGUGAGAGGAGAGCGGUGCCGAGACAAGGUCCUCCCUGUCCCCAUCAUCAUAAACCAGACCACGGCUCGCCGGCUGAAGCCAUGGCCGUCUCCGCCGCCUCUGCCACAGAUGGCUGCCCUCAGUGUGCCGCCGCACUGACACUGAGCGACGGGGCGGGAGCGGUCCGCGGAGCGGCCGACGACGAGGCAGGCGAGGGCGCCGUGGAGGAAGCGGACAGAGAGGGCGGCCAGUCUGGCGGCAAGGAGAAGGGCGAGAAAGGUCAGGACAGCUCAGGAAGCCACGGGUGCUGCGGGCCAAAGAAGAGCUGCAAGGAUCUGUGGUACGACACAAGGAAGAAGCUGUGGGGCAUCGUGGAGAGCAAGUACUUCAAUCGAGGCAUCAUGAUCGCCAUCCUGAUCAACACCAUCAGCAUGGGCAUCGAGCACCAUGAACAGCCAGAGGAGCUCACCAACGUUCUGGAGAUCUGCAACAUCGUCUUCACCAGCAUGUUCUCCUUGGAGAUGAUCCUCAAGCUAACGGCUUUCGGCUCAUUCAACUACCUGAGGAAUCCCUACAACGUCUUUGAUGGAAUCAUCGUCAUCAUAAGUGUGUGUGAGAUUGUCGGCCAGUCCGAUGGCGGUUUGUCCGUGUUGAGGACCUUCAGGCUGUUGAGGGUGCUGAAGCUGGUGAGGUUCAUGCCGGCCCUGAGGAGGCAGCUGGUGGUCCUGAUGAAGACCAUGGACAAUGUGGCCACCUUCUGCAUGCUUCUCAUGCUCUUCAUCUUCAUCUUCAGCAUCCUUGGAAUGCACAUCUUUGGCUGUAAAUUCAGUCUGAAGACGGAGACCGGAGACACGGUGCCAGACAGGAAGAACUUUGACUCUCUGCUUUGGGCUAUCGUCACUGUUUUCCAGAUCCUGACCCAGGAAGACUGGAACGCGGUUUUGUACAACGGCAUGGCAGCCACCUCGCCGCUUGCCGCUCUUUAUUUUGUGGCACUCAUGACGUUCGGCAACUACGUGCUCUUCAACCUGCUGGUGGCUAUCUUGGUGGAGGGCUUUCAGGCAGAGGGCGAUGCGAACCGUUCCUACUCAGACGAUGACCGCUCGUCUUCCAACUUUGAUGAGAGUGAGAAACACGAGUCAAUCAAGUUGUCUGAUCCGAGGAUCUGCACGCUGACCCCCAACGGGCACUUGGAGCUGGGCACCUUCUCGGGGCCCCGGGGCUCCUCGUCCUCGGAGAGGCGGAGCUUCAACACCGGGUCCAGAAAGAGCAGCGUGAUGAGCCUGGGCAAGAGCAGCCUGGAGAGACGCUCCCUUUCUCUGCGCCAUGCUCGCAGUUCCAACUACCACAACUGGGGGCGCCCUCUCCCUCCACAUUCUGGAUGGAGCCGCAGGUCGAGCUCCAACAGCUUGGGUCGUAGGAGUUAUGGGUUUGGCGGGGCGCCUCCGGUGGGAGGCAGCCUCCGUGUGCGCAGCACGCGCUCCCCUCACUCCUACACCUACGCCGCUGAGCAGGAGUCCCUCCUGUCGCACCCACACCACCCCCACCACCCCCUGGCCUCUCAUCACGCACCCCCACCGCCGCUCUUCCUCUCCAGACAUUUCUCCGGCAGGAGGGACCGCCGGGCUCUUUCCCUGGAGCUCCCGGAGGUGCUCCGAGCGGGAGGGCAGCCGCCGCCCGUCCACAUCGAGUCCGGGCGGAGGAGCGGCUCAGGCACCGGGGGCUCCAUCACCGGCGGGUCUGGGACUGGCAGUGGGUUAGGAGUGGACCACCGGGACUGUAACGGCAAGGCGCCGGGUCCACACACUCAGCUGAUGACCGACGUUUUCCCUCAAGUCAACGCCCGCAAAGACCGAGCAGAUCUGGACGAGGAAACGGACUAUAGUCUGUGCUUCCGUGUCCAGAAGAUGAUGGAGGUGUAUAAGCCAGACUGGUGUGAGAGCAGAGAGGACUGGUCCGUCUACCUGUUCUCCCCUCAGAACAAGUUCAGACUCCUCUGCCAAUCCAUAAUUGCUCAUAAGCUCUUUGACUACGUGGUCCUGGUCUUCAUUUUUCUGAACUGCAUCACUGUGGCUCUGGAGAGGCCGAGGAUCAACCAAGGCAGCCUGGAACGGCUCUUUCUCACCAUAUCUAAUUACAUCUUCACUGCCAUCUUCGUGGCAGAAAUGACCGUUAAGGUGGUUUCCAUGGGCCUGUAUCUGGGGGAGACGGCCUAUCUUAGAAGCAGCUGGAACAUUCUGGACGGUUUCCUGGUCUUCGUGUCUCUCAUUGAUAUCGUGGUGUCCAUGGCGGGCGGGGCGAAGAUCCUGGGGGUCCUCCGUGUUCUCAGGCUGCUCAGGACGCUUCGUCCACUCAGGGUGAUCAGUCGGGCUCCGGGGCUGAAGCUGGUGGUGGAGACACUCAUCACGUCCCUCAAGCCCAUCGGCAACAUCGUCCUCAUCUGCUGCGCCUUCUUCAUCAUCUUCGGCAUUCUCGGAGUUCAGCUCUUCAAAGGGAAGUUCUACUACUGCGUGGGUUUCGAUGUGAAGAACAUCACCAACAAAUCGGACUGUCUGGCGUCCAACUAUCGAUGGGUUCACCACAAAUACAACUUUGACAACCUUGGACAGGCUCUGAUGUCCCUGUUUGUCCUGGCUUCAAAAGACGGCUGGGUCAACAUCAUGUACCACGGACUGGAUGCGGUGGGAAUUGACCAGCAGCCGCUAACCAACAACAACCCCUGGAUGCUGCUCUACUUCAUCUCCUUCCUCCUCAUCGUCAGCUUCUUCGUCCUCAACAUGUUCGUGGGCGUGGUGGUGGAGAACUUCCAUAAGUGUCGGCAGCACCAGGAGGUGGAGGAGGCCCGGCGGCGGGAGGAGAAGCGCCAGCGCCGCAUGGAGAAGAAAAGGAGGAAGGCCCAGAAGCUGCCGUACUACUCAUCCUAUGGCCGCGCCCGGCUGGCCAUCCACGCCCUGUGCACCAGCCACUACCUGGACCUGGUCAUCACCUUCAUCAUCUGCAUCAACGUCAUCACCAUGUCCCUGGAGCACUACAGCCAGCCCCGGUCUUUGGAGACGGCACUGAAGUACUGCAACUAUUUCUUCACCUCCACGUUUGUGAUCGAGGCCUCUCUGAAGCUGGUGGCCUUUGGAUUCCGACGCUUCUUCAAAGACAGGUGGAACCAGCUGGACUUGGCCAUCGUGCUGCUCUCUGUGAUGGGAAUCACCCUGGAGGAGAUCGAGAUCAACGCCUCCCUUCCCAUCAACCCCACCAUCAUCAGGAUCAUGAGAGUUCUCAGGAUCGCACGAGUGUUGAAGCUGCUGAAAAUGGCCACCGGGAUGAGGGCCCUGCUCGACACGGUGGUCCAGGCUCUGCCUCAGGUGGGAAACCUGGGCCUGCUCUUCAUGCUGCUGUUCUUCAUCUACGCUGCUCUGGGAGUGGAGCUGUUUGGAGAGCUCGUGUGCAACGCUGACUACCCUUGUGAGGGCAUGAGCCGCCACGCAACCUUUGAGAACUUCGGGAUGGCCUUUCUAACGCUCUUCCAGGUUUCGACUGGCGACAACUGGAACGGCAUCAUGAAGGACACGUUGAGAGAAUGCCCCCCGACCCACGAGGGCACCGACUACGGCUGCCACGCCGGGCUGCAGUUCAUCUCCCCGAUGUACUUCGUGUCCUUCGUGCUGACGGCGCAGUUCGUCCUGAUCAACGUGGUGGUGGCCGUGCUCAUGAAGCACCUGGACGACUCCAACAAGGAGGCGCAGGAGGACGCCGAGAUGGACGCCGAGAUCGAGCUGGAGCUGGCGCAGGGAGGCCUGUGCUGCAUGAUGGGGGGCAUCGGGGCCAUCGCCGGGGCCACGGGCGGCGCGGCGGGCGGCGUGGGCGGCGCGGCUUCCGCCGCCAUCUCGGUGGGGACGGUCGGGGGUCCGAGCUGUGGCGUCAUGGCCCCGCUGCGGGACGGAGGCGGCGGCUCGGCUCAGGAGGGACGUGCGCACCAUCGCUGCCGGCUCUACUCUCCUGCUCAGGAGAGCCAGUGGCUGGACAGUGUAUCUCUGCUGAUUAAGGACUCUUUGGAAGGGGACAUGAUUGACAACCUCUCUGGCUCGGUUUUCCAUCACUACUGCUCGCCUCCUGUCUGCAAGGACUGCAAGAGUCAUCCACAGGAGAUCCGCCUGGCGGAGGUGGAGCAGGCGUCGCUGAUGUCGGAGCAGCUGUCAGACAAGUCCUCGUCUCCGGCGCUGCCUGAUGACCUGAGUCUGGAUGAACACAGCAGCUACCAGCUGCUGGCGAGAGACAGCCAGAGGGGCAGCAGUGACUCCCGCAGCUCGGAGGAGUUGCCCAGCCGAUGGGGCUACCGGGGGCUUCGUCCCUCCAGCUCGGGCAGCGAGGACGGCGUCCAGGAGCCGUCCGAGGCUGGAAUCCAUCCGUCGGCACUGGAACAGCAAAGCCCAGCACGCUGCACAGACGGCCGGAGGGAAAGCCGCAGCGGAAGCGGAGCCGCGUCUUCACCCCUGUUCCACCUCCCGGCAGACUUUUUCCACCCGGCGGUCGCGGCUCAUCCAGACGGUCCCGGGACCGGCGUGGCCCCGGGAGACCCCGGGGGGCCUUCCGGGUUGGCGUCGCCAGCCUCCUGGGCCUCCCUGCGCUCACCCGGAGCCAACAGCAGGCCUCUGAGCUCCCAGCACCCGUCCCACAGUGACUCCUCGCUGGCCACAGGCAGUUCGGAGGGCAGCCUGCAGACCACCCUGGAAGAAGGGCUCAGCUUCAGCGUCUCGCCGCCUGGAGUCCUGCCACGUCCCGUGCCUCUCCCGUGCCCCGCCCCCAUCCUCCCGUCCCUCUCCCAGGACUCCAGCACAGGAGAGCAGCGGGACUCUUUACUCAAGAGACGCAGCAAAACGCUGAGCCUCCAGGCUACCCGGAGACACCAGAGGAGCCAGAGCAGUGGCGGCGGCAGCGCCAGCCCCGGCUGCCCCCGACGGGACUCCAUGGCCCCUCCAGAGGAGGACAUGGGCACGGGGACAGACAAGGGGACGGACAAGGAUGGCUGCCGUCAGACCCUCAACAGCGAACACUUGUCAGACACUCUGAACAGCCUGUCCCUGACAUCGCUGCUCGCCCCGGGCUCUCUGGCUCCUCCGCUGGCCAAGAAAUACAACAGCACAGGUUCUCUGGACCAACCCAAUCUCUCCUCCCGGAGUAAAGACGGCCGCCACUUUUAUGGCAUCGACGCUCACGGUUUCUUGUCCAACCCGUGGACAGAGGGAAGGGCGAGCGGUGGGGAGGACAGCGACAUUACGGGCUUCGACAUGAAAAGCAGCGGUCGGCCCUCAGACACGGCCUCCAGGAAAAAAAGAUGA